AUGGAGUACCAGGUGGAGUCGUACAGAGGAAGGUAUGUGGUGGAUCUGAGGAACCGAACAUGCGCGUGUGGUAGGUGGCAGUUAAGUGGCAUCCAUUGCCAACAUGCAAUUGCCUGCAUGAAGAUGAACAAGGAGGAGUCAGAACUGUACAUGGCUGAUUGCUAUCGUGUCGAGGCUUGCAAGAGGUCAUACUCUUUUCCAAUCAGCCCUCUCAAUGAUUCCAACCAGUGGAUUCAUGAGGAUUUUCUUAAACUUCAGUCACCGAAAUUUCCAGAGAAGAAAAGGGGUUCUAGACAAACAAAGAGACGCAAAGAAGCAUGGGAAUUGGAGAAAACAAAGAAAGACAAGCAAGGAAGAUAG